AACAUUUAGUGUGCUACACGUGUUUUCCGGUCUUGACUCGUUGCUUUGAAUCGGAGAUGACUUACAGAAAAGCUUUGUAGAUAGGCUACCAGAUAACUUAUGGAUAGUCAGUUUGCUAGUACAGAUUAAUAAGAAAUGGCUGGGACAACUUUAUGCAGUGAUACGUCGGAAGCUUUGGAACUGUACAAAGCUCAGAGCCUGUAUUUGAAGCCCAUUGCCAAAUUGACAGUAUGUGUACAACUGCCAAAGCUUAAAGAGAUGGGGAAGUCCAUAUCCAACUGGGAAGUGAUGGAAAAGAUCAGGCACAUGGCCAAACCACAUACAUUGGUUUCCUUGAAAAUUAUCAAAAGUACAAUGGAAUUCAUGAGGAUGGAGGGAGAAGCUGAGACAAAGCAAGAAAUCAAGGCUAUCGUUCAGUGUUUGGACUCCAAGACAAUAAAACUCAGUGGCUACUCAGAGGUGUUAAAGGUCAAGGCAGCAGAGGCCAAGGUCAGUCAUCCUUCUCAGCAUGACUGGGACUCCUUUUUCAGAGAUGCCAAAAACAUGAAUGAAAUGAAGGCAGGCGAGAGACCCGAUACAAUUCAUGUGAAAGACUUGCCAACAAAAUGGUUCACCAACCGACUUAAGGACAGACCCAACGAACAGGUGAUAAAAAGGGUGUUUGAAAGUUUCGGUGAGGUACGGUGUAUGGAUAUACCCAUGUUGGAUCCCUAUAGGAAGGAGAUGACUGCAGUGAAAUCCAGCGGUUUGCAGACUUUCAAUUUUAACACAGGCAUUACUUUUGAUGUGUAUAUACAGUAUAAAGAGUAUAUAAGUUUUGUGAAGGCCAUGGACUCUCUUCGAGGAAUGAAACUAAUGUAUAUGAUGGAUGAAGAAAAGAAAGCUUAUACUUCUAAUAUCAAGGUGGACUUUGACCGAACAAAGCAUUUAUCUGACAAAUCUAUUAAGAAACGACGGAUAGAACGUGAAAAACUAGAACAGUUAGAGAGGGAGAGGGAAGAGAAAGUUCGAAAGGAAAGAGAGGAGGAAGAACAAAGAAUAGAAGACGAAAAGAGGAUGAGAGAAGAGGAAGAAAAGGAAAGAGAACGGAAACGAUUAGAAAAAAUAGAGAAAAGAGAGAACAGACGAAGGGAGAGGGAGGAAAAGAGGAGACAAAGGGCACAGGAGAGGAAAAGACUGGAGGAUGAGAGGAAAUACCAAGUGAAGAUUCAGACGGAGGAAAGAAGAUUCCUAUUAGCUCAGAGGAAACUGGAAUCCAUCCGUCUGUUAGGAGAACUGUUUAACAGAAUAAAGGCUGCAAAAGUAUCCAAGGACUUAGCUCAGCGUGAGAUAGAACUGGAGGAGGAUCGACGAAGACAAGUGGAGGAAGAGACGAAACUCGCGGAGGAAAUUAAGAGGAAGAAAGUGGAGGCCAAAAAACGAAGGAAGGAGGAACUCCUUCAUCAUGAAACAGAACUCCGGGAAAAAAUCCUGAAAAACUGGAAAGAUAAGUUUUGUGUAUAUACACAGGAGGAGAAGAAAGAGGAGGAGAUGAGAGAAAGGCUCAGAAAAAGAAUUCAGGGAAGAAAGACAUUAAAGAGCGCAGCUGUCAAACCAAGUGUUCAAACAGGAACUACAAGUUCAGAGGUCAGGCCCGCCCCCUCCCCUCCGGACUGGAGGCAGCGCGGGGAGGAGUGGAUCCGAGAGGAGUAUCAGAAUAGAGUUCUAUCAAAGGACAGAAGAAUGAAAAAACAUUUAGGGUACAAAUUUCAUAAAAACACACAUUUUAAUCCACAUAUGGAAUGGAAGAAGCGACUGAAGCGGAAGGAGACAGAGAUGAGACGAUGGAAGGAGUGGAUGGAGUGGAAAAAGCAGUUCCUGUACUGGAAACGCAAAUUCUCCUCCCCGGUACAUAGACUGACAAAUUCUCCUCCUCCAUACCUAGACUGACCAUCUGUACUGUAAACACAAAUUCCCCUCUGUACCAUACAGUGACUGAAUUGUAAGUGGCUCCGUCUUCCCACACCCACCGGGAUACGUUGUUGUGCUCCUUUUUGUCUCUCAAUAUAACGUGUUGUGCUCAGCUAGAAUUCAGAUUCGAUGGAAAAAACUCAGCAUCUUGCGUAGUUUAAUGUAAUACAGUGCAUUUCUUUCAUUUCUACAUUAGCUACAGUGUGUCUCUUCAUAACAAAGGACCGUGUUGAUUGAUCUUGGUUUGCUUUUACAGCAGUUACACGUUUUGUAUUUUAUAUUAUUUUAUCUGAUAAGUAUAAUCUUAAGAAUAUUUUAAACUUCCAUUGCUGAAAGGACCAGUAGCUUUUUUCACAAAUUUUUUAACAACCAAGAUAAAAAAAUAUGCUCCGUCUUCUACUAUGACAGUAGAGUGCAACAAAAUGUCUUUAGAAAGACUGCAUUGCGUAGAAAUACAUGUAUAUAUAUAUUAGAUUUGCUCAUUCAGCAAAACACGAGUGAAGAUGACGUGUUUCAAAUUUUUUUCUCAAUUUUUGAACUUGAACUUUGAACAUUUACUCUUGCUGUUGAUGGAGAUUUCAUGUGGUUCACAUGUUUUGAGUUCAUGUUCACAACAGUCAAGAUUUUCAUUGCACUGUAAAAAGUUACAUGCUAUAUUCUAUGCAUUGAGGGGGGGGGGGGGGGGGGGGGGGGGGGGGGGGGGGAAGGGGGAGAGAUAGAUAUCACACCAUUUGUUUUUUAUGUGAAAUCUAUUGUUGAAAUAACAGAGUACUGGCACAUUAUCAACAUAAAUAUUUUUUACUUGAAGCUUUUAAGAAUAGUUUUGUUUUACAUUUUACUGGGUCAGGUGAUGUUAGGAAAUGACAUUUUUCGUUGUUGAAGUACAGAUAUAUGGACCAAAGCAGUUUUCCAAUAAAGUUGAACGCCU